AAUGCAAUAGGUAGAUAACAACUAAGAGUCGCCUCAUAAGAAAAAGUUUGUUUUACCAAAAGGUCACUUCCUUUUUACAUCAGAGAGUGUUAGUGCUGGUCAUCCAGAUAAAUUAUGUGAUUUUAUCAGUGACAGUGUGCUUGAUGCUUGUUUAGAAUAAGACCCAAACUCAAAAGUAGCUUGUGAAUCAGCAUGCAAAAACUCUCUUGUUAUGGUAUUCGGAGAAAUCACUACUCAUGCUCAAGUCCCAUAUGAAACUAUAGUCAGAGAAGCAAUAAAGUCGGUUGGAUAUGAUAAUAUAAGUAAAUAUAUAAUAUACUAAUUUAUUUAGAUAAGGGAUUGGAUUAUAGAAAUGCUUCAGUUAUAGUAUCAUUAGAUUAAUAAUCAUAAGAAAUCAAUUAAGCAGUUGUAGGAUCUAAACAUGAAGAUGAAAUUGGAGCAGGUGAUUAAGGCUUAAUGAUUGGAUAUGCAUCUGAUGAAACACCAGAACUAAUGCCAUUAACACAUCAUCUCUGCAAUAAACUAAUUUCAAGACUCUAAGAAUGUAGAGUAAAUGAAAUCUGUCCUUGGAUGAGACCUGAUGCAAAGGUCUAAGUUACAGUUGAAUACAAACGAGAAGAUUCUUCAUUUUAUCCUGUUAGAAUCCAUAAUGUACUUAUAUCCUAAUAACAUGAUGAAAAAAUAACUCAUAAUGAAAUUGAAGCAGAAUUACAUAAACAUGUAUUAAAGUAUCUAUAAUUUAUUCUAUUCAUUUAAGAUAUGUCUUACCAUCAAAAUAUGUUGAUGAAUAAACUCAAUACCAUUUAAAUCCUUCUAAAGCUUUUACUGUAGGAGGACCUUAUGGAGAUGCUGGAUUAACAGGCCGUAAAAUAAUUGUAGAUACUUAUGGUGGAUGGGGUGGCCAUGGAGGAGGGGCAUUCUCUGGUAAAGAUCCUACAAAAGUGGAUAGAAGUGCUGCUUAUGCUGCAAGAUGGGUAGCUAAAUCACUUGUUGCAUCAAAAUUAUGCAAAAGAGUCAUGAUUCAAGUUGCCUAUGGAAUAGGUAUAAGUGAACCUCUUUCUAUAUGUGUUAAUUCAUAUGGAACAUAAGCUGAAGGACUUGAUGAUGAUGAUUUGUCUGAAAUUGUUUAAAAUCAUUUUGAUCUCAGACCAGGAGUCAUUAUAAGAGAAUUAAAAUUAAGAAGACCAAUAUAUGCUAAAACUGCCUCUGGAGGACAUUUUGGUAGAAAUGAACCAGAAUUUACUUGGGAACAUCCUAAGAUUAUCAAUUUAAGUGCUUGGAAAGCUCAUAAAGCAGAAUAAUAAUAACAAAAUUAAUGAU